UAAAACGGUCCCUAGUUGGCGUAAACCGUUUUCCGCUGUCAGCUAAACUCGUAGUGCUCGAAACGAAAUACCAGUCGAGUUUACCGACUUCUGUCUAGGCUACUGUUACUCGAGAAAAUGAGUAAUACGGGACGACGACAUUGUUGUUUUUUUUCAAUCAAACCCAUGCAUAUCUUUUACAAAUGCGAACUCUGACGAUCUAUUUUGCUUGGAGUCUGGAUAGCGCUACACUCGAUCAUCACAAGACAUCCUUGUUUUUUCCUGCUCCUGUCACGAGUUUUUUGUAGAUAUAGGCCUACCUCUGCUUCAGAACAGCAGCCCGCUCCGGGACAUUUCAUAUCCUGCAGACAUACAAGCCAGAGACCCACUUGGGGGAAAUACUUAAAAAGGAACCAAAAUGCUUUCGUUGGAGGAGGUAACAUCAUUUUUAGAUCGUGCAGGGCAAUCUCACGUUCUUCAGUUCUGGUCCGAGUUGUCUGAGGAUGAGAGGAACGACUUUCUCGUCGAAUUGUCUGGACUGGAUCUGAACGCGUUGAAGCAACACUGCGAAGAAGCGGUCUCUGCUGCGGCGUCCCAGCCUGAAAGAGUGGAUCCGGACAUACAGCCGGUCACUGAGGAGUUUGUGGGCAGCCUCCUGAAGAGUGAUCAAGCCACCCUUGUUCAGUGGGAAAAUGAAGGGUUGUUGCAGAUCUCAGAGAAUAGAGUUGGAGUUCUGCUUUUGGCCGGUGGUCAGGGCACGCGACUUGGUGUCCCAUACCCCAAAGGAAUGUUCGAUGUAGGGCUCCCAAGUGGGAAAACUCUCUACCAAAUCCAGUCGGAACGCAUUCGCAAAAUACAGAAUCUGGCAGAUUUGAAACAUGAAACCAAAUGCACUGUCCCAUGGUACAUAAUGACCAGCGAAUUCACCCUGAGCCCCACAGAAAGUUUCUUCAAGGAGAACGAUUUCUUCGGCCUGGAUCCGUCCAACGUUGUGAUGUUUGAGCAGAGGAUGAUCCCUGCCGUGACCUUUGAUGGAAAGGUCCUCCUGCAGGCCAAAGGAAAGAUCGCCAUGGCACCGGAUGGAAACGGCGGUCUGUACCAGGCCUUGGUGGACAACAAGGUGCUGGAGGACAUGGAGAGGCGAGGGGUGGAGUACCUCCACGUGUACUGUGUGGACAACAUCCUGGUGAAGCUGGCAGACCCCCAUUUCAUCGGAUUCUGUGUGAGCAGAGGAGCCGACUGUGGCGCCAAGGUGGUGCCAAAGGCGUCCCCCAGCGAGCCGGUGGGGGUUGUGUGCAGGGUGGACGGCGUGGUUCAGGUGGUGGAGUACAGCGAGAUCCGUCCAGAGACGGCGGAGCGAAGGGGGGCCGGAGGAGAGCUGGUGUUCAGCGCUGGAAACAUCUGCAAUCACUUCUUCACCAGGGCCUUUCUGCAGGAAGUCGCACAGGAGCACCAGGGCAAACUGAAGCAACACGUUGCACUCAAGAAGGUUCCUUUCGUUGAUGAAUGUGGAAAUCAUGUAAAACCCUCCAAACCUAACGGCAUCAAGAUGGAGAAAUUCGUUUUUGACGUCUUUCCAUUCGCACGGAACUUCGUGGCCUUUGAGGUGGUACGGGCGGAGGAGUUCUCUCCUCUUAAGAACGCAGACGGAGCCUCCACAGACACCCCCACCACGGCCCGACGCUCCCUGCUGGGGCAGCACUACCGCUGGGCCCUGGCGGCUGGGGCUUCCUUCUCAGACGACCACGGGAAGACCGUGCCCACCAGGGUGACAGCCGAAGAAGAUCCACCUGUUCUGUGUGAGAUCUCCCCUCUAGUGUCCUACUUUGGAGAGGGCCUGGAGCGGCUUCUGAGAGGGUCAACCCUAACAUCGCCCUUUAUUCUGGAUGAGAAGAGAGCAAAGGACCUGCCAACUCUGUGAAACAUCACAUUAUAUAUCCUGGACAUCACAGGCAGUAGACUAUGGGCUUGCUGCACAAAGGUUCACAACACAAAUAAAUCAUUUUAGUGAGUUACCCCAUGCCCCAUGCAUGGAUGCGGCACACAAUAAUUUUAAGUGUUGUUAAAUCAUAAAUAAGAUGGUAAAUGUAGAAAAGGGAUCAGUAAAAUUCUUCUUAAAUAAAAUGAGGGUUGAGUAGGGAACAAAUCUCCAAAUAGAAGCAAAUAAUCAGUGUUCCAUUAAUGCAAUGAGUCAUCCGUCAGUAUUUCAAAUGUGUUAAACAUUGUUUAAAAUAAUUGCCCAUAUGUAAUUCUUUAAAUAGUUAUUAUUGUAACCAAAGGUCAUAUUUCAAUGUGCUUAGCAAAUAUUUGACAGAAAUUUCAAAUGAAAAAUAUUGCAUUAGUACAUACAGCUUUAUAAGGAUGAAAAGGGAUGGUUUAAAAUAUUGUUUUUUAUGAUUGUGAAUUAAAACCCUAGUAUUUUA